AUGGUUCUACGGCCCUCGUUCCCAGCAGUCCCAUCAGCCAGCGAUGAACCACCGCUUCUACCAUCGCCACAGCAAUUCUACAUCAAUAUCCAGAAGCACCCUCAGUUAAAUACCGCACGACCGGAUCUCAUCCUUCACUCCGGCCCGACGAAAGCUUCAGCCAUAAUGUCGUUCGCCAAAUUCUACUCCAUGACCCAACUGACAGACAUUACCCUCUGUCCGCCAGCCAGCUCCAGAUCCCCUAGCCCGAUAACCAACUUUUCGCUCCCUCGCUCCCCUUCCGCCAAGAAGCUCGAGGAACGCAACCGCCCGAAAUUCAAAUUCGAACAACUCGUCUCGACGGGAGGUCUGUUCAAGGCAGAGAAAUUCGAGUUCAGCUACACGCUGCCCUUAAGCGACACCCGGGAAACUUUCGAGUGGCAACAUGCCUCUGGUUUCUUUGGGAGGACGAUUGGGAGGGACAGCGGGGGUUUGAAGCUGGUCAGGGCUAGUACGGGAGAUGUAAUGGCUGUCUAUGUGGGGUUGGGCGAGUCUCGCAAAAAAAGGAACCCGAGUCGGGUGGUGGGCAUGUUCAGGUUCUUGCCGGGGAAGGGUACGGUGGACUUGGAUGAGGAGUGGGAGAUCCUGGCUGUCACGAGUAUAUUAUCUCUCGUGGAGAGAGGCGAGGCGAACCCUCCCUCGCCAAGAGUCUCGACUCGACACGAAUUCAAUGUCAAUGCUCUGACUAAGCAUCACGCCCACGGACCGGCUCUCAUCGUUCACUCCAUUCCACAUAUAAGAUCCGAACCGCCCCGCCCUUUACGGAUCUUCCUCCCCACGAUGGUCCAGAAAGGAGUCUCUCAAAUGAUUAACGGAGCCGUUCGCAUCAAGUGGGGGAAGUACCGAUUCGUGGUCCUCGCCGUGCUGGUGGUCAAUGUUGUGCUCAUCAAUCAUUUCUUCUUCAAUUCGUCCUUCACCACGUACAUCAACUCGCCGGAGGGAAUUGAAGCAGUAAACGAAUAUGCUUCUACGCUGCUCCCCAACGGCGCGAUUCCUGCAGACCCAUCAACAUUGGCCGCGCAAGCACCUGCCCCCGAACUGCAGCCGCUGCAACAGAUUGUCGCGUUAGACAAGGUGCCACCGACCACACCCCCGAUGCUACACCUGGAUGAUUAUGACUUCAACGGACCGUACAUUGGCUGGCCCCUUGCUCGGGCGUGCAACGAGACGAAAUGGCAACCGGGCUUUGUGUUUGUCUGCGACAACAAUUCUGGCGGAAUUGGUAAUAUCCGGAAUUUCAUCUUGACAUGUAUCCGCUACGCCAUCGAGGCUGGCGCGUCAGGGAUCAUCAUGCCCAGAAUCCAGCGCCGCUCCGAAGACAACUUAGCCAAUAUCUUCACGACUGGAUUCCAGCCGUUCACUUACUUCUUCGACGAGAAACAUUUCAAAGACUCGAUGACGGAGUUCUGCCCGCAGAUGACAUUAUACGACAACGUGGAUCAAAUUCCCAAUUCCAAAAAUAAGAAAGAGGCCAAGGAGUUCUACCCCAAAGAACUUAACAAGCAACCGGACGGAUGUGAUGGGCGUGGCGUGAACAGACAUCUGGAUCAUUUCCGCCGAAAGAUUGACGCCUGGGCUGUUGAGUUCAAGAAUGUGCCAUCUGUCGAGCGACCGGUAACGCUGCGGUUUAAGUGGGCGACGUUCUUCGAGUGGCCUAUCAUGCGAGACGGACCGGAGUUUGCAGCUACAUUCGGGGACUUGCUGAGGAUAAACAAGGAUAUCCAGGAGCUGGCUACUUUUACCAUUAGAGAAAUGGCGAAAUUCACUGGUGAGGAUCCUGACGGGAAGUCGCCCCCGAAGUAUCUUGGUGUGCAUCUGCGAACGGAGAGCGACGCCCUGGGAUUCUGGCCCAAUUUCGAGCAGCAGAGUACCGGAUACAUCAAGAAAGCUGAGGAGCACAAAAUGAAGUACGCCUAUCUAGCGUCUGGAAAUAUAACAGAAGGCCACCGUCUCGGCGAGCUUGCUGCUGAAAAGAUUGGUCUCAAGACCACCACGAAGAUGGAUCUUUUGACGGGAGACAGACUUAAGCAGCUCACGGAUCUGAGUUGGGAUCAGCAAGCUCUGGUGGAUUUCCUGGUGCUACAAAAGAGCACACAUUUUACGGGAUGUUCGUUCUCGAGUUUUGCAAUGAACAUUGCAAUCAAGAGACAUCUGAUGACGGACGGAAUCUUCUCCCGCGCGUGGAAGAGUCCCGGGGAUCAAUUCAGUACAUUGGUGGGGAGAUUCGAAAGCUGGUAUGGCGACUGGAUGUUCAUGUACGAAUCAAGUGCAGGUGCAGGUGCAGGUGCAGGUGCAGGUGCAGGUGCUGGCGCUGGCGCUGGUGCUGGUGCUGGUAAACCACCAACCUACACAAAUACGGAUAUGAGGACAUGCAUGCAUUCCUAUCUGCUCCAGCCAAAAUAUGUAUACAUUGAAGUUCGGCAUCCAGAUCCAGAAAUUACAGCCCUUCUAUCUAUCCUUCCCAUCGAGAUAUCUCGUCCAUCAUCCACUCUGGAUUUGGAGUAG